UCCCGCUGUCUCCGCUCAGUCAGGGCUCAGCCGGCGGGGAGGUGACAUGCUGGGCUCGGGAGGUUCCUGGGAUCGGGGGGAGAUCCGGAGGGCCCUGCGGGGGAGCCUGGCCGCCCUGUGCGAACUGAGCCUGCUGCAGGAGAGACAGGAGAUCCGGGUCCGGAGAGCCAUCCAGGGAGGAGAGGAUCUUGACCGUCAGCUGUGGGAACUGGAAAGACAACUUGGAGAAUUGAGAUUUCGCGCAGAAAAAGACCAGGAGAAUGCCUACGAAGGUGAUGGCGUGGAGACAUGCGAUGUGUUUUUGGACUCUGCCCCAGUAGCCCGACAGACGGAGGCUCGUAUGCAGUAUGCAAACGAACGUCCAAAGAGUGCAGGUGAUCUGGUUGUGGGAUCUCCCCAUCCUCGCUCUUCCUCCUCCCGCCUCUUGGUUCCUCGAUCACUCUCUGCUCCGUAUCCUUCUCCUUCAUCUCCACCAUCUGCUUCCCGCCGGGCUGAAGGCUAUAUACUUUCUCUCCUCCGCCGUCAGCUUCGGACACCAUACCUGCGUUCGGCAUCUACUGAGCGACCUGCUCCUCCUCCUCCCCCUCCUCCUGCUCAGCCUCCAGUAUGCCGUAUAACAAAUGCCUCCUACACACCCCCUCACCGUGGUCCUCGCAGGAAGCACCCCCCAUUGUUGAAAGGCCACAGUGUAGAAGGCUCCCCUCCUCGUCAACCUAGGAAAUGUCUGUCAGCAGAGGAACCACCUCGUAAAAGAGGAGGGAGGAGGACCCCAAGAUCCCUGUCAGAAACAAGCCUCAGGGAUCCCAGUCCUCGUGGGGAGGCAGGGGCAGACCCCAGGAACCACCCAGAGGUUUGGGAUGUACCUAGAGGAAAUGCAGAGGGCUGGAUAGAUGCCAGAAGUCAUGCAGAGGGUUGGAUUGGGUCCAGAGGUCAUUCAGAAGGAUGGAUGGAACAUAGAGAUCUUUCUCAAGAGUGGGGUGACCCUAGAGGCCACAUACAGGAGGGUGGCCGUUGCUACACAUUAGGAAGAGAAGGGAGGGGACCUGCUGUAAGGCUUGGUCCUCCUUGUAGGAAGUGGAGGUCUACAGCAGAGAUUAGUGUAGGGGGGCAGGAGGGUGAGUCCAGAGUGGACUCCCGAGUGGAUUCAGAAGGUGAAGAGGAGGAAGGAGAGCUUGUUUGGCCCCUGCAGCUUCCACCUCGUGAUGCAGAUGGACGCCCCCAAAUGUUUAAAGUGAAAGCAUCACAGGCACUCAAAAAAAAGAUCAUGAGGUUCCACACGGGGUCUCUCAAGGUAAUGACAACAGUGUGAUGAACAAACAUGAGAAUUGUCCAAUGCUUGUGGUUGUUGCUUCAUAACAAUACCAUGGCAGCCAUAUGAUGUUUCUACCUAUGUAUAUACAAAGUCGCAAAAUUGUGUGGAUGUAAAGUUGUUUACACAAAUCUACAUACAGGGUCCGAAUGUAUGAUGACCAGAGAAGUAUUAUGUGUGUGAUGUCCUUCGCUAAUUUAUUUUGACAUUAAGAUUACUUGAAGAUAUCGAUUCUGCUCCUUGAGAUACAUCAACAGAUUAUUCUGUUCAAACCACAAAUGUAUUCUACGUGAACAAAGUAUAGUAUUCAGGGAGAUAUGCUUCAUUAUAUAUUUUAUCAGGUUAUAUGCCUCUGGGUCAUCGAAAACUAUGUAGACCAUUAAUGUAGUGAAUGUAGUUCUGUGGGAAUUCCUCCUGAAUGUUACAAGUUCAAAUGAUGCACCCACAUAAAUGGAAUUCCAGUAACUGUUUGAAUGUCCAUCUAGAUUCUAGAACAUUAACUGAUCAUACCAAACAGUGCUACAAUCUUACCUGGUCAGGCCACUCAGUACUUCAGUAGUACAUGGUCAUCCCAGUCUAAUAUCUGUCACUAAAUAACAUGUUGUGGUGUUUUAUAUCUUUAAAUAAGCCAGAAUAUGCAGCUAUUUCUAUUGAUUUACUUGCUAAGAAGAAAACCUAUGGUCUUAAUCUACUGAUUCACAGUAAUUUGAGGUCAUUGUCUGGAGCUGUCCUGCAGGAGAUUUUGUCCUUUUUAGUAUUUGCCGCUUUAUUCCCAGCUAUUGUGUACAUUUAGUGGCAUCCAAACUUUCUACGAUUUUUAUUUUAGAUUUCAACCCUAGACUUAAAACAAUCCGGGAUAAAUUACAAUCUAUUGUUUGUCAGUUGUCAACGUGUUAACUCUUUUUAAAUGGUGAAAUUGUUCGAAGGCAGCCGUUUUCAACAACUUCAAUUAUCAAUUCAGUGAGAAGUGCCCUUUGCUUUGCUCAAGCUUGCGUGUUAAACAAUCACAAUCCAUGCACAGAAUAGUUAUCAACACUAUCGGAUACUUGUCAAAUUCAGCAAAAAGGACCUCCCAAAAACCAGAGCAAAACCUUUUCUAACACUUAAGCAAUAAAUAGUCACGAUUUCACAAAACUUGUACUAACAAUUCCUUGUUAGUCAAAUUAAAAUAAGUACUGUAACAACAAAAUAACAUAGAAAGAACGAUAGCACAACUGAUUACAAACAUGUACUCUACCAAAAAUCCCAACUCUGAACAAGCAUAUCAAUAUCGAUUUGGAACAGAGCAGGUUAAAGAUGCAUUAUCCUCACAGCUGUAAAAUGCGUCAGACAGGUCAGAUCAUAUAAAGAUAUUUUAAGUUUGUUUGUUAACUUCGAGAGUAUCGACAGAACUUGCCUGAAAAGAACAUUUAAGGAAAUUAUGGUUGUGUGUUAUUCAAACAGGUCUUCAUAUCUUUUGGGGGAAUAAGGACUCGUCAAGGUCCAACUUUUGUAAAAAUACUUCUAGAGGGGACCGUAAAAUCCAAAGAAGAAAUAUAUUCUUCGAGGUUUCCAGUAUUAAAAAAAAAAGUCAUGAAAUGGUUUAAUGAUAUAGAGCUUCUAGAGACAAAGCUUUGUGUCUUGAGUUUUUCAAAACAGCAUGUUAAUUAUUCUGUACAUAUGCUUUGGAAAAUGACAGAUUCCAUUUUUAGCAAAAAUAUCUAAUCUGGAAGAUGUUUCUAGGUGUAUUCAUAGUCUAACGAUUCCAGUGAUUUGUUCUCAAAGGCUGAGGCCUACAGGACUUUGUAUUUUUAGUUCCUUUUAGAUUAAAGAUUUUAAAAAAAAAUCUUUUAGGUUAUGGACUAUCGAAUGUCAUGAUAAUGAGGAUCUUGAUACUGUAUGGAACGUCCUACUUCUUUACACUAGUGGCUGAUAUUAGCAUAGGGUGUUUAAGGGUUUUUUUUUUUUUUUUUUCUUAAAACAUUAAGAGGAUAACUAUGGCUAUGUUUUGAUACUGUAUUCAUGGAGACAGCUGUAGUUAUUGAUGGUACGUAGUGCUUAAGACACUCACAGAUAAUGAAGUGGUCACCAGGGCGACUUUGAAGUUUGAUGGACAUAAUAAUGGCCAUUGUGGUACUUCGUUGUACCAUAUCAAGAAUAUUCUUCUACACUGUACAAGUUAUGGACUACACCAUUAAAAUUGAAAACUUCUAUUCAUGAUUGCAGAUUGUACAGAUCACAAUCUGUACAGAAUUAGGCCAAUAUUUAGGAACGUUUUUAAAACAUUACAUUUCUGAGUUUGGCUGGUGUAGGGUAUCGAUUAUACUGUGGCUAUGAUGUUCAGCAUUAUAGAAAAGCAAUAGAACUACUCACCUAGCCAAUAACUGGUUGUUCGAGUCCUACAGGAAUAAAAUGAAGGUUUUACAUAUCUUUAAGCUGUACCUCCCAUUCUAGCUCGAUAGUGAAAAGAAACUAGGCACGCUCAUGAAUCCCCUACACUCCUCAUUUCAACACCAGAUCCAAGAACUGCCCCAUGUAAAUAGGGCUGUUUAAGAAUAGUAUAAGGAGAGGGCAGCCAUUUUGUUAUGCCAAAACGAUUGCGUCUUGUCAAAUCCGCUAUGCAGUGACUGGCAUCCAUAAAAAAGAAGUGAAUAAAAGUUCCUAGGCCCUCCUUGUAACUUGUGCUAAAAGAGGAGGUCGAAGAAGUAAGAGAUUUUGACACUCAUGAUUACUACGUGGUCCCAAAGUUCCCAGACACAAUACAUUCUGCAGGACACAAUAUUUACAGCUUUCUGAAGCCAUAGAAAUGUAUCGGCUAUCUGUCCAUUUCACUUUGAUGUUGGCACAAUUUACGAAGAGGUUAUGGUGCAUCUACCACACUUGUGCCCAGGCAAAACUUUGAAACCCUUAAUGAAAAGUUGGCAUUAAACACCUCCCUAAAUUGCAUCCAUAACACAGUGCUGUAUGUACUCCAGGUAUUAAAUGGAACUUAAAAUGGGAUCGCCUACAUGUGAAACAUAUGGGCCUGUUUUAUCGUCUUGCCCCAGGGUCAUCAAGAAGAUAUAUAUUUAAAUCUGAACUUAAAGUGUUGGCAUUGAUAACGGAUUGCUAUGUGGUCGAAUCUCCAGUAUAGAAUCUCCUAGUGUAAAUCUGCAUUGCUUCUAUAUAUUUUAUAAUGAAUUCAUCCCAAGCAAAUCCAGUUAGUACAGUCAUCUUAUGCCAUACUCUUAAAUUGGUGUUAAAGUGCAUGGUUUUCUUUUUCGGAGUGCCAAAAUGGUCAGCACCCUAGCUUGCACUGCUACGAUACACAUCAUAAAAAUUUAAAUCUUAACGCAAAUUUCCAUUUCAUUAAUGUAAAGUGCUGGCCAGUGCCUUAAUUCAAACUUUAAAUGUAUAUCCAUGAUUUUUAAAUUGUUCUUGCACUUAAAGAUUUUUGCCCUGUGACGUUUAUAAAGAAGGCUUAACGGUCGCCCUUCAAGGUUUGAGAUCAUCUCUGGAUAUGCAAAUACAAGGCUGUGCUUGAUAUGUGUCUCCAUUUACUCCUCAAUGCAUUUGUGUUCUUCGGCCGAAUGUGCGGAAGUUCAAUCCGAACGGAACCCUGUUUACGGGGUAGUAAGUAGCCCUUUAGAGAAGUUCUAAAACUUGCAUUAUUAAACCCUUCAAGGACUAAGCUUCUGUUAUAGUGCAAAGAGUCCAGUGUUCCUCUAAUGUCACAGAGUGACUGGUUAAUCAUUUAAUUAAGAUAAACGUGUAUUUUCUGUUUGCUGAAUUCUGUUACUCAGGCUGUAAUUUCAAUGCAUAAAAGGCUGCAGUCUAUAUAUGGGUGGUAACUGGGUUUUAAUCUGGUAAGCAGAUAUGCAUGUUGUGAGAGUACUGUAAAUUUGAAGGCAGUAUGGACUGCGUAUUUGUAUAAUUAAGUUUAUGGUGUAAAUAAAAUUGUUGCAUAUGUAUAUACGCUGUAUGAAUUUUGCAUUUCGGAUUCUGUAAAUAAAGUGGUGAUGUUCA